UCCCACUCUCUCUCUCUCAUUUUGUGUCCGCUUUCCCUCGUUCAUGAAUGUCACCCCUGUGCGAGGGAGCCUGUGAAAUUUACAAACCCUCUCCCAGGGGCUGGAAAUGGAGGGAAUGCAUAGGGGGCAUGGAGGAGGGAAGCCGUCUCCCGUCUGAUUCCUUCCAUCCUUGUUUCUCUUCCUCUAAUCCCUCACUCUGGAUGUGAGCUUCUGGGACGACCGUACCAGGUUUUGAUGUUUUUUAAAUACCUUUCUUUGUUUGUUUAAAAGCAAUUUCUCUAUUUAUUUCAAUUUAAUUGUAAUGGAGUCAAAACAGAUUUCAGGUUGAAGAAAAAGAAUGUCAGUUUAGUGUUUAUGGAUUUUUUGGAAGGUUUGGUUGGAGUUGUCUCAGUUGAGAGGUCAGAGAAUCUGGAUGAUGUGAUUUGCUUUUUAAUUUGACAGCAGUCUAAAGUCUUGAUUUCCAGUCUAAAGUCAAGGUUUUGGGAAGCUACGAAGUCAAUUUGAAGCUGGAUAAAGUGCAUGUGGUGUGGAGGCUUGUCCAGGACAGGCUGGGAUGGGACUGCAGAGACUCCAAGAGAUGGAGAUAGAGUGAAGCAUGGACGAGCGGUGCCUCACUCUCUGCUGCCGGACAGCAACAACAUGACUCCGCUAAUCACCCACUGCCACACUCGUGGUCCAACGUUAGCAUAUCGGCACGACAACUGAAACACAACACCAGCAACUGAACUUGCCACUUCAAAAUCAAUAAGAACAGCAGUUGCCAUUUAGGAAACAACCUUGAUUCAAUUCAAAAAGACUCUUUUUUUUUGUUUGUUUGCUUCUGUUUUUUCAACCAAAGAAAACUUUACUGGGACUUUAUUUGGUGUGAACCCACCCCUUUGACUCAUAGAUCCAGCCCCCUUUUCUCUCUUUGAUAUUGCCUCCUCAUCUGCUGAUUGCCUCGGGAGACCCUGUACCUCUCCUGCUGUCUGUGCUCCCCCUGCCUGUUCCUGUCCGGCGCCCUGGGUGACUGGGCGGGCUGGCGGCCUUUUGACGGGUGAUCCUGGCACGACAAGAUGGCUGCCCUCGCCAGCUCACUGAUCCGACAGCGCAGGGAAGUGAAGGAACCCCAGGCCAACCGGCAAAUCGCCAGCAAGCGCAAGCCCUGCCCCAAGAGCAACAAGUCCCUGUGUCAGAAACAAAUCCUCAUCCUUAUCUCCAAAGUGCGGCUAUGCGGCGGCCGAGGGAGGAAACUGGAGAAGAGACCCGAGCCUCAGCUGAAAGGCAUUGUCACGCGUCUGUACUGCCGACAUGGAUUCUACCUCCAGAUGUUACCAGAUGGCACCAUGGACGGCACAAAGGACGAAAACAGCUCCUUUUUGCUGUUCAACUUGAUUCCUGUGGGCCUGAGGAUAGUAGCCAUCCAGAGCACUAAGACAGGUCUCUACAUCGCCAUGAAUAGUGAGGGCUACCUGUACACUUCGGAACACUUCACACCGGAGUGUAAGUUCAAAGAGUGUGUGUUUGAAAAUUACUAUGUGACCUACUCAUCCAUCCUGUACCGGCAAACGCAGUCUGGACGAGCCUGGUACAUCGGCAUCAACCGCGAUGGGCAGGUCAUGAAGGGCAACCGGGUCAAAAAGACAAAAGGAGCUGCCCACUUCCUGCCCAAACUCAUCGAAGUGGCCAUGUACAGGGAGCCUUCGCUACAUGACAUUGGUGAGCAGAGUCCACCUCGGAAAACAGCCAAAACUUCAGACUCUCCUGUCCACACACACGACAACAAAGACCCGCCGCCACCCAAAACAAGCGCCUCCUAGCGAC